GCUGAAAAAGAAGAGGCACAAACUCACGCGCACGCGCGUAGCUUCAUUAUUCGUGGCAUACGUAACCCUGCCUGCUCGGCUCCAAUCGCUUUUGCACGCGUUCCUACUCCAAAGCAAAUACAAGCAGUAGCAGAGGCUGCAGAGCGCUGCUCAGCGGCAGAGCGAACCACGAUUCGUGCACUACUCGUCAUUGGUGCGGCACGCGUCGCCGCGAUGCGGCUGGCCUCCCGCGACGUCAAAGGGGUCGCAGCGUACCUGGCGAGCGAUGCAUGCCAGAAAGUCGUCGUAUUGACGGGCGCUGGCGUGAGCUGCGCCGCUGGCAUUCCGGACUUUCGGUCGCCAGGAGGAAUGUACGACACUUUACGACCUGAAUUGAUCACGGCGACGCCGCAGGAGCGCGCGGCCAUGGCACGGGACCCGACGGCGGUCGUCCUGAAGGACAUGUUUCUGCAAAACCAGUUCCCGUACCACGAAGUCCGGCGCCCUUUUAUUUUGGGCACUCAGCGGCAACAGUGGAAGGCCACGCUGUUCCACCGGUUCCUGGAGGUGAUUGACGCGAAGGGCAAGCUCCUCAGACUCGUGACGCAGAACAUCGACGGCCUGGAUUUUCAGACGAGUAUCGAUCCCGCCAAGAUCUGUGCGUGCCACGGGAGCGUCGGCCGCGCGGCCUGCGAGGGCUGCGGCGCGCCCAUAGACUUCGACGAUUUUUGUCAGAGGGUGCGAACUUCGAUCAAGGAUAUCUACGGCGUCGACGCCGACGCGCCGGCCGAAUCGUCGGAGAUGCUCUGUGAUUCAUGUCAACGACCGCUCCUCAAGCCUACUACCGUGUUGUUUGGCGCGUCGCUGCCGCAGUCGUUCUUCGAAGUGCUAGAGAACGACCUGCCGGCCGCGGACCUCGUACUAGUUGCCGGCACGUCGCUGGUCGUCUCGCCCGCGAAUCUGAUUGCUCUGGCCGCGCCGGACAGCGCGCCGCGAAUCAUAUGUGACCGGAACGACGUCGCCUCCGGCGUGGGCAUCGACUGCUCGUCACAUGCGCGCGAGGACGUCUGGCUGCAGGGGGACGCCGACGACGUGGCCGCGGACCUCGCGACGGCGUGUGGAUGGCUCGACGACCUCGCCGCGUUCGAGGACGCGCUCCCCGAGGCGAGCCGGGCAACCUUGGACAGGGUAAGAUAA